AUGAGCUCGUCGAUACCGGAAUUCGGCGAAUGGCUCGCUGAUCGUGGAUUGCUGUGGAAGGAGCGACUUUGCACCAACUGUGGAAGUACAGGCCACGAACUUGCGUAUACAGGUUGGAAAUUGUGGAUAAAGUUGUUGCAUGCAUACUUAGUGAUCGUGGAUUGCUAUGGAGUUCAUUUUCGGUUCUGGAAGAGCGACCGAUUCAGCUGGUACAGUGGAAGUUCCCGCCACGAAUCGCCUCAAAUAAUCGCACGAAAUGCAAUAGAAAACACUUCGAUUUGGAUGCGUCAGAGUGGCCCACCCAACUACAUUUUACCCUUGGAUCUCUUCCCCAUUCUUCCCGCUUGUAUAUAA